CCCCCCUCCCCCCGGACAGGGACUCGAGGGUGAAAAACAGGACUACUCGCUUAAAACCGGCGGCGGGCGGGCGGGGGGAGCCGCUUGUUCCCUGGCUUUGAAGCCGCGGCCCCGAAGGGCUGCCCUUCCCCUUCCCCUUGUCGGCCGGCGGGGAGUCCCCUUCGCCCUCCCUCCUCAGUCAGCAACGUCCCUCGCGGGCGGCAGCGCCCCCUCCUCGGUCUCCUGGCCCUCCCGGCCGGCGAGGGGGGAGCGCCUCUUUCCCAGGGGGCUGGGAAGGGCCGGCAGAGGCUGGCAGGAGAAGGGAGGCCGAGGAGGCGAGGCCGGCCGGCGGGGAGUCCCUGGGACUGAGCCUGGCGCUCGCCUCAGGGCUAGGCUGAGGGGAGAGGGAGAGGCCGGCCUGCCUGCCUGCCUGGGGUUGCCUUUGGAGGAGCAGGCUCCCAUGUCUGUAUCACUUCACAUACCCAGGGCCAGAAGCAUCCCAAAGCGAUUUGCAAAAACAAGGAACACACAACAAGGCAAAUAUAAGAAGAUCCUGUAAUACGAAAAGAGCUCCGGGAUUCCUUCCCCUCCAGGCAGGCAGGCAGACAGAGCACCGCAGCCUGGCGCUCAAAUUCCCAGAAGAAGAAAAGCACCUUUCCCUGACUUGACUGUCAAAGUGCCAAGGAAAUGGGGAGCAACCUUGAGAGGAUUCCUGAAGGGAAAGGCCCUUACUCAGUUGGAUGCACAGAUCUUAUGACCGGCCACAGCAUUCAGGGAAAUUUUAUGCGUCUCUAUUACCCAUCCCAAAUUGGUACAAGUGAUGAAGAAACAAUAUGGAUUCCCAAUAAAGAAUAUUAUUAUGGACUAUCUGAUUUUCUGAACAUAUAUCGGACAUUAGGAAGGUUCUUUUUCACAUGCAACUUUGGCUCAGUGACAUGUCCUGCAAAAUGGAACGCUGCGUUCAAACUUGGAGAAAAAUACCCCCUAAUUAUUUUCUCCCACGGACUUGGAGCAUUCAGAACUCUGUAUUCAGCAAUUUGCACUGAAAUGGCAUCUCAGGGUUUUGUUGUUGCUGCUGUUGAGCAUAGAGACCAGUCAUCUUCAGCUACAUAUUACCUUAAUGAUAAACCUGCUUUAGGAGCAAAGGGAGAAGCCUCAGAACUGCACAAGGAGUGGAUCUAUUACAGGAAAUUAAAAGCAGGUGAAGAUGAAGUUGCUUUACGUCAACAACAGGUGCAACAAAGAGCUGAUGAGUGUGUUAGAGCCCUUGACCUCAUGCUUGAUAUUAAUUCCGGAAAACAAAUAGUGAAUGUGCUGCCAUUGAGCUUUAACUGGAUGCUUUUAAAGGAUUCUAUUGAUGUACAGAAGAUAGCUGUGAUGGGACACUCUUUUGGUGCUGCCACAACUAUUGAGGCUCUUAGCAAAAAUGUCCAAUUCAAGUGUGGCAUUGCCCUGGAUGCAUGGAUGCUACCCCUUUGUGAAGAAGUGUAUCCUAGAGUUUGUCAACCAUUGCUGUUUAUUAAUUCAGAAAAAUUCCAAUGGGCUUUAAACAUUCUAGAAAUAAAGAAACUUAACUACAAAGACAGAGAGAGAAAAAUGAUCACUAUCAAAGGAACAGUACAUCAGAGUUUUCCAGACUUUACAUUUUUGACUGGCAACAUUGUUGGAAAGAUUUUUGGACUGAAGGGACGAAUAAAUCCAAAUACAGCCAUUGAUGUUAGCAACAAAGCUUCAUUAGCCUUCUUACAGAAACAUUUAGGUCUCAAUAAAGAUUUUGACCAGUGGGACUCUCUCUUAGAAGGCAAAGGGCAUGAUGUCAUUCCAGGCACCAACAUUGAUCUACCUCCAAUGCCACCUCAGUCCAAACAAUAAAGACAGAAUGGAAAUUGUGGACCCUUUAAUAAUUGACAAGGAGCUGCUUGAUUGUUGACAGCGCUAUCUGGAAAUUGAGAGCUUGAAGAAUACAGUUUUGUAACAGUUUUGUAACAUGAAGGCAACUGUGCAGCAAAAUAUAAUUGGUUUAUAGUUACAACAGCAGUAUAUGAAGAUGCCACCACUCUGCUAAUUUGCUUUCUAGAGCCAAGAAAUAUACCAAGUAAACAUCAGUUAAUAAUGUGCCUUCUGUUGCCUGAGGAUGAUUUUGUGUAGA